AUGCCAAAGCGCUCAGGAAACUAUGUUGCCUGUGCACGAGAUGGAUGGGGAUCAGAAGAAUUACAAAGUUCGUCCGCUGACCUUUUCAUACAAGUCUGGAUACUAGAUUCCUGUAAUAAACAUUUUUCUUCCUCCUUCCAACUGGAUAAAAACAAUGCAGAUCCUACGUCACCAACAGUGGACCGCGUGACACUGGGUUCUAGUUAUAGCCUUAACACAACAUUAGUAUCUGUUCAGAUGAAGGUUUUUACGUCAAACAAUGCCGGAUACGUGUUUUAUGCUGGGGGCAGCGCUAUGAUUGAUACGUCUACUGAUCCAUUCGGCGCCAUUAUAUAUGGAUACACUGAAACGGAAGUGUUGCUAUGGAGACCGGAUAUUGCCACUACUCACGGUUACCUGGUUUAUGUCGGUGGGCAAUGGGGAGCGGGAAAUAAUAAUCAGCAAGAUACCAGUGUUGAAGUGACUGUUAAAGUUAUCGAAUUAACAGGAUCUCCGUGCACUGGAACUAAUGAAUGCUCAGCGGACUGGACGACUCUGAAAACUAUCUGUACUCCUACUGAUUGCCCUGAUCCGCCCGAUUUAGCCAAUGCUUAUAAAGUCUACAAUGGAGUAAGCAAUGGAAGUACUGCGAUGUACUCGUGCAUGCCUGGUUACGCUCAAAGCUCACAUGACGUCAUAAUAACAUGUACUGACGGAUCCUGGUCCUCAAGCACCGUGUUUUGUGAAGCGAUAUGUGCAGCUCCUCCUUCCAUUCCAAAUGCUGAUGUUCAAGUUUUUGAUUUUAUGGCUAUAUAUUCCUGUCAAGAGGGUUAUCUGUCUCAAACGGGAAGUAGUUUGAUCAGCUGUUCCCAGUCAGUGUGGCAAACAACAACGUUUUCGUGCACUGCAUCCUGUGGCCCGGCACCAAACAUCACUGGUGCUGAUGUCUUGGUGAAUGGUGACGUAGCUAUGUACGCUUGUCACUAUGGUUUUAGUGCAACAAAUGCUGACAAUGAAAUUAAUUGCGUGUCUGGAACAUGGCCUUCCACUACUUUCCAGUGUACAGAUUCUUCAAACAACGGGGUCAGUAGAAUCAACAACCAAACUCUUAACGAAUGGAUUGCUCGAAUCAGGAGAGAACUUAUUAUCAACAGAAAGAGAACAAAUGCCUAUCUGAGAAGUUUGACAAGUGUAUACGAUCCGCGCCCGAGCGCCAUUGCAAUAGGUAGUUCCGGAGUGUUCAUCUUCAGUUUUGCUUUUCUAUUAAUAAUGAUACCAGAUAUCAUAACUGUGAUCAGGUACAUACAAGAACGUUAUUUUACUAACGGUAAAAGUGAUGAUUAA